AUGCCAGAAAGCCUUGAGAAUCUUAAAGCAGCUUUGAUAUCCGCUCCUGCUUUAAGAAACCCAGAUUACGAGCUACCAUUUGAAGUUCAUUGUGACCCCUCAAAGAUUGCCAUUGGUGCUUGCCUCUUGCAACGAGAUUCUAAUGGUAUACCACAUGCCAGAGCAUAUUUUUCUAGGAAAAAGAAUAGUCCAAAACACGGUAUAGUGCAACCGAUAGUGGGGGCCCUGGCGGUUGUUGAAUCAGUUAGAGCAUUUGAUCCUUACAUUUAUGGUAGGAAAUUUACUGUCUACCCCAGAUCACGGCCCUUGGUCUACGUCUUUACAAGGAAAAAACAAAGAGCCCCAGAAUGUUUUGCUGGUGUAUUGAUCCCCCAGCACUAUAAUUUUGAGUUUGGGUCUACAAGCAGGAGCAUCAAUUAUAUACCAGAUAUGAUAUCACGAGCUUCUACAGCUGCUGAAACUGCUACAAAAAUCCUGGGCUGGGCACAGACUAUUGAAUACCUGGAGGGUGGAACCCUCCCAGUUGCAAAGUUGCCAACUUCUGUGGCUGAAUUUGAAGUUGCAGAUGGUGUUCUAUAUCAUUUGCAAAACACUAAUGACCGCAUCCUUCGUCAGGUUGUUGUGCCUCAUGCCAAAGAAAAAAAGGGUCAUUCUACAAAGAAUGCCCCAUUAGCUUCAGCUCCGGAAGUUAGCCGCCCCCUUGAAAGAGUCUCGGCUGAUUUGAUUAAAUUACCUCAAACAGAGAAAGGCAACCUUUAUGCUCUUGUUUUGGUUGACCACUUAUCUCGCUAUGUAGAGUUAGUACCGCUUCCAGACAAGAGGGCUGAAACUAUUGCUACUGCAAUAAUUGAUAACUUUAUUACAGUCUAUGGACCACUGAUGGAGUUCAACAAUAACCUUCUGGCUGCUGUUUGCACUGAAUUACAGAUGAAAUUCAAACUAACUCUCCCAUAUCAUCCUCAAGCUAAUAGCAUAGUAGAGAGAACUAAUAGGGUAGUUAAAGAAGCAUUAACUGCCCUUUGUGGUCAUGCAGCAUAUUACUGGGAUGAGGCUCUGCCGCAGGUGAGGUUCGCUCUAAACACCUCCAUUCACAGGUCAGUCAUGGACCAACCCUUACAUUUAUUUCAAGGCCACCCAGUUGACAUGUCCAUUGGUUUAACAAUGAAACCUGUCUAUGAUGAAGCUAGCCCAGAUGUCUUACGGCAUAGGCUACAACUGGCUUGGGGUGCAGCUCAGGAAGCAUGCCAAAAAGCUAGGACUGGAUGGACUAGGGAUUAUGACCGCAAAAUAAGAAGACAUUUGUCCCUGAAGGAAGGCUCUUUGGAUCUGACAAAAGUUCAUCGGUGCGCCAACACCUUGUCACCCCGUUGGGAAAGUCCGGCUAGAGUGCUUAAGAAACUGGGACCUGUUGUGUUUCUGGUUAGAAAUAUUUACGGUGGAGCUCACGAGCGUAGGGUUCAUGUGAAUUAUUUGAAGCCCUAUUAUCCCGUGGAGGAGCUACAUCUGCCCCAUCAGUUGGCAGACCCUGAGGCAGAUUGCCUUGAAGCUAAUGAUCCCCUUGACGUUGCUUUACUUGCAGCAUGCUCAGCUGAACAUGGAGUGCAGCGUUCUAUGUUGACAGGUGGAGAAAGUGAGACAUCGAAAGUGUGGACUCGGAAAGAGAACGAUCAAGCCAAGUGUUAA